ACAUAUGACAUCGUAAAAGUCAGAUAUUUACCUACAAAUAACCUAUUCAAUAAUUAUAAUUGUAAUAAGUACAGAAAGGACAAUAAAAAUUGAAUUAAAAAAGGUUUUACCAUGGACUAUCAUUACGAACAAACUAGUGAAGUUGAAGCUUUAGAUUCCAUUUAUUAUGGAGAUAUGCAAAUUUUACAGACAGAGCCUAUGCACAAGUUUAGUAUACCAAUUAAAUCAGAGGAAUAUGAUGAGGGAGAGGGUUUAGCAUGUGAAUUAGUCUUCACAUACACACCAAAAUACCCUGAAGAGUUGCCUUCAUUAGAAAUAAAUACAGAUGAAAGUUUCGAUGAAAUUGUCGACAAAAACGAACUUUACAAACAUCUUAUGGAACAAGCUAAUGAGAAUCUUGGAAUGGUAAUGAUUUUUACGCUAGUGUCAGCUGGACAAGAGUGGCUCAAUGAGAAAUGGGAUAGUAUUAAAAAAGACAGAGAAGAAGCUGUUCUACUGAAGAAAAAGGCUGAAGAAGAGGCAGAGAUGAAAAGAUUUGAAGGUACCAGAGUUACGGUUGAAUCAUUCCUUGCCUGGAGAAAACAGUUUGAAAUAGAAAUGGGUAUUCCGGCUAAGAGGGAGAAAGAAAACAAGGACAAAAAUAAGUUAACAGGAAAAGAAUUAUUUAUGAGAGACACCACACUCAACGAAUCUGAUUUGAAAUUCCUUGACGAUGGUGAUGCUGUUAAAGUGGAUGAAUCCCUGUUCCAAGAUCUCGAUGACCUGGAUAUAUCAGACGAAGAUGAUGAAGAUUACGUACCAGGACAGAGUGAAACUGACAGUGACUAACAAAUAAUAUUUAUUAAAUGAUUUGUACAAAACACAAAUAAGCUCUGUUUUAUAUCCUACUCUGUAGCAGAUUACAAAAUGAUAACCGCAUACCCGAUUAUAAUAUUUACAGCAUUAAUUUGGUCAAUAUCUUUGCCUUAACUAUGUCAUCCUUUAAGAAACAUAAAAUCAUCUGAAAAUUUUUUAACCAAUAUUAUAGUGUAGGAUGAGACUGAUUAACUGUGUUAAUGUUUUUUAAAUUAAAAUUAAUUAUUUGAAUAACCAACAACGGAAUGAUAAUAAAAUGAAAGCAGAACAUAUUUGAUUGUUGUUAUAGAUUCGAUUUGUUAAUAUACAGUUAUAUGUGCCUUGCAAAAUUUUAAUAGUUAUAACCUUAAAAAUAUCCUACGGCAUUGAUUUUCAUGACUUGAAAUGUUAUGAACCAUAUUUUUUUUUUUACAAAAACCUAAAAAGCCCUGGAUAAGAAUUUAAAUGGUCAUGUUAUAAAUUGAAGGUCUAUUUUAAAUUUAAAUUUGGCUUUAAAAUACUCUCACAAGCUCCAAUGUAUUAGUUCAUAAGUGCUACAUUGUAAUUUUUAGUUUAACAUUUGCAGUCUUAUGUUAUCAUAUAGAAUUUAAAAAAAAAGUCACUCAAUUUAUAGAGAACUCCGACUUUUUUAAAUAAAACAAGUUGUUUUUAUUCAGAGAA